UACCGUCCUGCUCAACAAAGCAACAACAACGCCUCCGCCGCUGGCGACGACGACGACAACGAUAACGAUGACGAUGAAUUAGCAAACGACGAUGAUGACAACAAUAAACGACUGCAGCUUCAGCCGCAGCAGCAAAAUCAGCAACUGCAAUUUCAACGGCGACAACAGCUGCUGCAACAGCAACAGCAUCUGAUGCAGCAACAGUGCAGUUCUUCAGUGUCUGCUCCAACACCUCUGAUGCCGGCGGCGGCGGCGCCGGUAGUGCGCGUCGUCAAACGUAGGAACACAGCCAACAAGAAAGAACGKCGGCGCACGCAGAGCAUCAACAACGCGUUCUCCGACCUCCGGGACUGCAUACCCAACGUGCCGUCCGACACUAAACUGUCGAAAAUCAAAACGCUCCGGCUGGCCACGUCCUACAUUGGUUACCUGAUGACCGUGCUGGACAGCGACGACCCGGACACGGACGGUUUCAAAGCCGACCUGUCCGCGCACACUUCCAAGCGAUCGUUGCAAACGAUACACGUCGUGCAGGCCGAUAAGACCCAACACCAGCAG